AUGAACGUUUUCAAGCUUUUGGUGCCAUAUUUUAUUGCAAUCAUUUGUGAAUUAAACCAUGGCGCAUACUCAAUGAAACACUUAGGUGAGUGGCAGAAUUUUGUUCGUGAUGUCAGACAUGGAAAGAAUCAAAUGUUAGAUGAAAGACUUUCGGCACAUACUGACGCCACCGAAAACAUCAGAAGAAAACGUUCUGUCGACCAGACGGAGCCACUGCCAGCACAGGAAUGUACAAAAGGACUAUACAAUUGUGCAGGAACAUAUCACUGCCCUAACGGACACACCAUUCCUCUACAAGAAGUAUGUGACAAUAAAAGCCAGUGUCUAGAUUCCGAUGACGAGUCUGCAUGUGUCCAUCCGUGCCAACCAAUUUGUAUGUGUAUCGGUCUCACAGUCAAAUUCAGCGACCCUUUCUUGGCGACUGCACGCUUCCCUUCCAAUACCACGUGGAACAAUUUACUGUCUCCGGGAUUACAACAACUAUCGAAGAUUAGUUAUUUAGUCAUUGAAGAUAAAUACAAUGUGUACAAAACAUUCAGCAAAGGUUUACAGAGCCUCAGGUCAUUAGAUCUAUCUAAUAACAGCAUUGUGUUACUUCCUAAAGGCGUUUUCGGCGAAAUGUCAAGUAUUGUACAUCUAGAUUUAUCAUAUAAUAAGAUAAAUCAGUUGUCAAUAGAUACAUUUCAUGGUCUCACUGAUCUUGUGUAUUUGGACUUAUCUAACAAUCAAAUAUCAGUUCUACCGGUCUCUGUGUUUAGCGGUCUCCCUAAUCUUAUACUUUUGGACUUAUCUAGCAACCAUAUAUCAGUUCUACCGGACUCUGUCUUUAGCGGUCUCCCUAAUCUUAUAAGUUUGAACUUACCUAACAAUCAAAUAUCAGUUCUACCAGACUCUGUGUUUAGCGGGCUCGCUAAUCUUAUACGUUUGGACUUAUCUAACAAUCAGAUAUCAGCUCUACCAGACUCUGUGUUUAGCGGUCCCCCUAUUCUUAUACAUUUGGACUUAUCUAACAAUCAAAUAUCUGUUCUACCUAUGUUACCUGCUUCUUUUAAAUGGCUUGAUAUAUCAUACAAUAAUUUCGCAUCUUUGCCUGCGGGUACAUUCACUAAUUCUAGUAAUUUAUCUGCUUUGAAUAUCAUUGGUAACAAACUCGAAGUUAAGCAACACAUGUUUGAAGGUUUAGAAAAUCUGACUUUUUUGCUGACAGACACUCCUUUUAUGUGUUGUGUUAAACCUAAGUCGGUUACAGAUGAUAAAUGUGUAAACAAUUGGAUUAGAUUUGAAAAUUGCAUGUUGGAAAAAUCAGCCUGCAAAUCAGGAGAUGUGAUAUCCUCGUGUAAAAAUUUGAUAGGUUCAGAUUUACUUAGAUUUUUUCUCUGGAUUAUUGGCUUUUGCUCUUUAAUUGGGAAUUUUACUGUCAUGUUUUACCGACUUCUUAUCGAUAGAGAUAAUAUUACAACAAGUUAUUCGAUUUUUGUUUUGAAUUUGAGUAUGUCUGAUUUACUCAUGAGUAUCUAUCUCAUGAUUAUAGGCUCAUUUGAUAUACAUUAUCGAGAUGUAUAUGCGUGGAAUGAUCAGGAUUGGAGAAGCAGUAUUGUAUGUACAAUAGCUGGAAUUCUGUCGAAUAUAUCUAGUGAAAUGUCUACGUUUCUGAUUCUUAUGGUGACAAUAGACAGAGUAAUUGUCAUAGUAUUUCCCAUGUCUCGUCUUUCUCGGCGAAAUAUAUCCGGAAAUCAAGCAUGCCUCAUCUCAUUGUUCCUGUGGUUGGUUGCUAUCACAGUUGCUGUCAUCCCUGUCGUUACUAUGCAAUUCUACUUCAAGGGGAAAUAUUAUUCUCAAUCAGGAGUGUGUCUUGCCUUACCACUGACACAUGACGAACAACCUGGUUCGGGUUAUUCUUUUGCAGUGUUUGUUUGCCUGAACAGUUUCAUUUUCGUUAUCAUCGCCAUAGGCCAACUCCGCAUGUUUAAAAGCCUUGUAACAAGUGGUGGGGGUCGGGUAGCUUCAUCACAGACUCGACAACGAGACCUGACGGUAGCUAGAACCCUCUUCCUGGUGGUGGCGACAGACUUUUGUUGCUGGUUUCCUAUUGGUGUCAUGGGUGUGAUGUCGAAGAGUGGAUACGAGAUUCCGAAUGAUGUCUAUGCCUGGGUAAUGGUAUUUGUGCUGCCAGUCAAUGCCGCCAUCAACCCGUUCUUGUACACGGUAUCAGCAAUUUGGAGGAAGCGUCAAAGUGUACGUUGA